AGCGAUAAAGCGGAAGAUGUCGCUGAAGAGGUGUGAAAUAUGUAACACGGAAGAAGCAAAGUAUCGAUGUCCUUGCUGUAUGAAAUAUUCAUGCAGCUUGGUUUGUGUGAAGCAGCAUAAAACUACGUACAACUGUAAUGGAGUCAGAGAAAAAACAGCCUUUGUUUCCAUAAACCAAUUCAGUGACUUAAAUCUUCUAAGCGAUUAUCGGUUUCUGGAAGAUGUGGGAAGAAUGGCUGACCGUGCUGCUCGGGAUGGUGCUUCACAUAGACCAAGAACCAAUAAAUUUGUCAACGUUUUGAGAAACAGAGCCCGGAGAUACAACAUCCACCUGAAAAUUUUACCAGUUGGAUUCACAAAGAGGCGAGAGAAUUCUACGUUUUUUAACCAUAAGGAAAAAAAGUUUUAUUGGCACUUGAAGCUCAUAUUUCCUCACAGUCAUGCCAAAUUCACAGAGAAAAGGGUGCCCGAUGAUAAACCAUUGUGUGAUGUUCUUAAGCGCUAUGUUGAUCCUCAAGAGUCUGAUCCUGUUAUUUGUCAAAGAUUAAAAAUCUAUACAACAUCCCCUCCAUCAGACAUACAGCUUCUAAUGAAAGUUGAAAUUGGCUCACCCAACUUCAACAGGUAUGAAGAACUAGAUGCCAGCAAAGGCCUUCUAGACAAUUUGAGAGGGAAGACUAUAAUUGAAUACCCAUCUUUGCAUGUAGUGUUGAAAAAAUUCAAGACGGAUAUGGCUGUUCUUGGCUACAGUAAGAAUAAAGAUGCUGAGAAACCCAGUAAAGACUUGGUUAAAGAAAGCUCAUCUGAAGAAGAAGGAGAAAUCCGAGACAGCUCCUGAAAAAAAUGGAUCAUAUGUAGGGAUGGAGCAGCUUUUGCUACACUUGACCUUGAAGAUAUAUUAGGCGGGUAUAUUUUGAACAUCCACUUUUUAAUAUGUCUUAGAUCAGUACUUGUAAACAGAAGUCUUUCAAUCCAAACAUGCCUAUUAAAAUUAAGGCACUAACUUCAGUUUCA